AUGGCGGAAGUAGAUCCAGAAACUCUCUUGGAGUGGUUGAGCAUAGGCCAGGGAGAUGAGAGGGAUAUGCAAUUGAUUGCUUUAGAACAACUCUGCAUGCUUCUUCUCAUGUCAGACAAUGUGGACCGAUGUUUCGAAAGUUGUCCACCGAGAACGUUUUUGCCUGCACUCUGUAGGAUUUUCCUUGACGAGUGUGCUCCAGACAACGUGCUGGAAGUAACUGCGAGAGCCAUAACCUAUUACCUGGAUGUGUCAGCUGAAUGCACGAGGCGUAUAAUCGCAAUCGAUGGAGCGGUAAAAGCCAUUUGUAAUAGACUAGUCGUGUCCGAUUUUAGCGAAAGAACAAGUAAAGAUCUGGCAGAACAAUGCAUAAAGGUUUUAGAAUUGAUAUGCGUUCGAGAAGCGGGCGCGGUUUUCGAGGGAGGAGGUCUCGGAUGCGUUUUAAUGUUUAUCCGCGAUAACGGUUGGAGGGUGCACAAAGACACUCUUCAUUCUGCCAUGGCUGUCGUUUCAAGAUUAUGUACUAAAAUGGAACCUCAGGAUUCUUCUCUACCUGCUUGCGUCGAAGCUUUAUCAACACUACUGAAGCACGAAGAUACUCAUGUUUCAGAUGGAGCUCUGAGGUGUUUCGCAUCUUUAUCGGAUAGGUUUACCCGUCGCGGAGUCGAUCCGGCUCCAUUAGCGGAGCACGGACUUGUCAACGAGCUUUUAUCGCGGUUGUCGAAUGCUGCAGGUCCUGCUGCCGUCACGAACGGACCCGUCACUCUCGGAGCAAACACGAGUACGUCGGCUCCGGAAACAACAAAAUGUUCGUCGUCCGUUUCGACCAUCAUUAGCUUAUUAUCCGCUUUGUGUAGAGGAUCCCACAGCAUCACCCAUGAUUUAUUAAGAUCUCAAUUACCUGAUGCGAUUGAAAAAGCAUUGCAAGGAGAUGAAAGGUGUUCGUUAGACUCAAUGAGAUUAGUCGAUUUGCUUUUGAUAUUACUUUUCGAAGGGAGAAAAGCUUUACUACGCGCUGGUUCGUCUAGUGGUCAGUUGUUACCUAGAAUGAGGAGAAUGGAUAGUACUGGUGAAAAGUGCCAUAGGCAGCUUAUUGAUUGCAUCAGGAGUAAGGACACGGAUGCCUUAGUCGAAGCCAUCGAUAACGCAGGAGUAGAAGUCAAUUUCAUGGAUGACGUCGGUCAAACGCUUCUUAAUUGGGCUUCCGCGUUCGGAACGCAAGAAAUGGUUGAAUUUUUAUGCGAAAGAGGAGCCGACGUGAACAAGGGUCAAAGGUCAUCAUCCCUUCAUUACGCUGCUUGUUUCGGUCGUCCGGCGAUAGCUAAAGUUUUACUCAGGCACGGUGCGAAUCCCGAUUUGAGAGACGAAGACGGUAAAACACCUUUAGACAAAGCGAGAGAAAGAAUCGAUGAAGGACAUCGAGAAGUUGCUGCCAUUUUGCAGUCGCCAGGGGAAUGGGUAAUACCUGGCGAUAAGGACAAAAAAUGCGAAGCCGUCGAAUCAGAAGAUGUUAACGAGCCCAAAGGUGAUCCGGAAAUGGCACCUAUUUAUCUAAAAAGACUGCUUCCCGUGUUUUGCGCUACUUUUCAGAGCACGAUGUUACCCUCAGUUAGGAAAGCAAGUUUAAGUUUAAUUAAGAAAAUGGUGCAUUACAUUCAACCUAGUUUAUUAAUAGAAGCUUGUAAUUCGGAUGUUUCGACUCAUAAUUUGGGAACCAUGCUCGUCGAAGUUAUCGCAACCGUUCUUGAUAAUGAGGAAGAUGAAGAUGGUCAUCUAGUCGUUUUGCAAAUAAUACAAGAUUUGACGAUAAAAGCUCAGGAUAUAUUUCUCGAUCAUUUCGCUAGGUUGGGAGUUUUUUCGAAAGUUUUACAACUUGCGGGUCCGCAAGACGUCAUGACGCCACCAAUUAAAAAACCAGAUAAAAAUGAAGAGACUAAUCAAGAACCUGUAUUAGAGGAUGCCAAAGAAAUUUUAUCAGGGAAAGCAUAUCACUGGAGAGAUUGGUGCAUUUGUCGAGGUCGAGAUUGUUUGUACAUAUGGUCGGAUGCUGCGGCGCUGGAGCUUUCGAACGGGAGCAACGGAUGGUUUCGAUUUAUACUCGAUGGAAAAUUAGCGACCAUGUAUUCGAGCGGUUCGCCCGAAGGUGGAAGCGACAGCUCAGAAAACCGAGGUGAAUUUCUCGAAAAGUUGCAAAGAGCUCGAGCUCAAGUCAAACCUAAUUCCGUGAGUCAACCUCUACUAUCGAAUCCAGGUCCGACGCGUUUGGUCGUGGGAAAUUGGGCUUUGUCCAGUCGGAAGGAAGGGGAAAUACACAUUUUGAAUUCGGAUGGUCAACAGAGUGUAUGGUGUGGGUUCCAGCAAGCGACAAUACUCCGUGAGGAUCUCCCUGGGUUCAUAUUUGAGAGCAACAGAGGUACCAAGCACUCGUUCACCGCAGAAACAUCUCUCGGUCCGGAAUUUGCGGCAGGAUGGAGCGGGAAGAAGGGAAAACGGCUUCGAUCGAAAAUUGAAGCCAUCAAACAAAAGGUUAAAAUUCAAGCCCAAGAGAUUUACGAUAAAUAUUUUAAAGUUGCUCAAGCUCAACCUCGGGGUGUCGUCGCCAAAUUGGGGAACAUCGUGGCUCAAAUCGAACGGGCUUGUCAAAAGCAACACACGAAUUUCAGAGAUGGAAGCACUUGGCGGGAAAUUUUAAAAUCGGCACUCGAUGAAUUAUCCCAAUUAUUAUCGGAGGAAGGAGUCGUAUCUGCUUACGAAUUACACAGUUCGGGUUUGGUUCAAGCUUUACUCUCGCUAUUGUCCACGGGUCCGUGGGACGAAGGUCAAAAAAGUAACAAAACGUCCAAACUUCAAAAGCAAAGGGUUAGAGUUUUUAAAAAUUGUUUCAAAGAAAAAGAUGGAGAAAAUGGAAGCAUAAACGCGGGAAUGAUAUUAGUUCACAAACUCAUAUCCGUUUUAGAAUCAAUUGAAAAGUUACCAGUUUAUUUGUACGAUACGCCCGGCUCUGGAUACGGAUUACAGAUUUUAACUAGAAGACUUCGAUUUAGAUUAGAAAAAGGUGCGGGAGAAUCAUCUCUUAUAGAUAGAACGGGUAGAGGAUUGAAAAUGGAACCGUUGAGCACUGUGAUGCAAUUGGAAAAAUACUUGUUGAAAAUGGUUGCUAAACAAUGGUACGACUACGAUAGGAGCACAUUUUCAUUCGUUAGAAAAUUAAAAGAAACGAAUCAAAUGAUUCAUUUCAAACAUCAAACGGAUUUCGAUGAAAAUGGUGUCAUUUAUUGGAUAGGAACGAACGGAAAAACGAGUUCGGAAUGGGUUAAUCCUGCUCAAUACGGGUUAGUCAUGGUGACGUCAUCGGACGGCAGAAAUUUACCCUACGGAAGAUUGGAAGACAUUCUCAGCAGGGAUUCGUCGGCUUUGAAUUGUCAUACGAAUGACGAUAGGAAAGCGUGGUUUGCCAUCGAUUUGGGUUUGUGGUUGAUUCCGAGUUGUUAUACAAUCAGACACGCUCGCGGUUACGGUAGAUCAGCUUUAAGAAAUUGGUUGUUUCAAGUUUCAAAAGAUGGCGUGAAUUGGACCACUCUUUACACUCAUACGGAUGACACGUCGUUGAACGAACCCGGAAGUACAGCUUCUUGGCCUUUAGAUCCUCCUUUGGACGAGACUCAGGGUUGGAGACACGUCAGACUACAGCAGACGGGGAAAAACGCAUCCGGUCAAGCUCAUUAUCUUAGCUUAUCGGGAUUCGAAGUUUACGGAAUGGUUACGGGUGUUUGCGAAGAUUUAGGUAAAGCUGCUAAAGAAGCGGAAGCUAAUCUUCGGCGACAAAGAAGAUUGCUGAGGAAUCAAAUUCUCAAGCAUUUAGUUGUUGGUGCUCGAGUCGUUCGCGGUUUAGAUUGGAAAUGGCGCGAUCAAGAUGGUCCCCCGCCGGGAGAAGGAACGGUUAGCGGAGAACUUCACGACGGUUGGAUUGACGUCACUUGGGAUCACGGGGGUAGUAAUUCUUAUCGUAUGGGUGCAGAGGGCAAAUAUGAUUUGCGUCUUUCUGUAAUGUCGGAAUCGGAUUCUAAUUUUGUUCCUGUUUCUUCAUCGAAACCUGUUGUCCCUUCAGGUAAAGCCAAGAGCGAAGGGAAAACAAGCGUUCUCACGAGUAGAAAAUCUAGCUCAACACCCAGCUUACCGGAUGCAACCGAGAGUCAUUCGAAAACAUCCGUCGCUAGCACCGAUCAAGCUGCUUCCGCCGAUAAUCUGGCAGCUAAACAAGCAGCCGAAGCGAUCGCUGAUAGCGUUCUUUCCAUAGCCAGAGCCGAAGCUAAAGUUGCCAUUGCCGGCAACAAAAAAAAUAACAGCACUCCCGGAAGUGAAUUAUCCGUGGUUGUUCAUACCUUGCGGGGACCUCAUCAUGAUCUCUCUUCAAUAUCUUCGGCAGGAUCUAGUGAUCUCGCAACAAUCGUUGAAACUCUUACCUUAGAUACAAAAUCUAAUUACGUCGUUGGUGGCACCAGCAAUCAACAAGUCAAGCGUCAAAGUUCUUGCAGCGAUGAAAUACAAACGAACAACACUACCAAUACUUAUAAUAACGGAAACAAGGGGAACGUUGAAGCGACCGUCGGGAAAACUAAUUUGCUCGUUUCAUCGAAUGCUUUGUCGAACAGUUCGGUGUUGAACAAGAGCUUUUAUUGUCCGUCUCGAACGAAUAAGAUGUCUUCGUCGAAUCCACCACCCGGAGAAGUUCACACCCUGCUUUCGGCGGAAACCAUCGAAGUUUUCGAUAAAAUGCGUGAAGGACAAGAUUUGCUGAGAAAUAACACCAACAGUUUUCUGUCGGGAUUAAUGGCUGCUAAUUUAACUCCUUGCGUUCGCAUAAGCGUCACCGGUGGCGAAAGUGAUAACGUGUCCGAUGAAAGAGCCAUAAGAAUCAAAAAUCGUCAUCAACCGAUACAACCUUCCGUUACCAACGCGGGAGCAGAAAGUGUCAAUACGAAAAGAGAUAAAGAAAACAAGGAUAAUAAGGAUAAGGAUAAGGAUAAAGAUAAAGAUAAAGACAAGGACAAAGACAAAGAUAGAAAAGAUGGAAACAACAGCGUUGUCGUCACGAAUCCGAUGAGCGUUAGCGUACCGAAUUUGACAUCCGGAAAUAAUACGAUUGAAAACACCGGAACGACCGGACUUUUGGAAACUUUUGCCGCCAUGGCGCGAAGGAGAACUUUAGGAUCCGUUGCGGGUAAUACUAGCGUUGUAAAUGAUAAUCAAACUGUGAUCUCGACCAAUUCAAGUGCAAAUAACACAAAUUCUACGAAUCAUAGGAAUUCAAUGUUUCCCCGGGGUCCAUCCUCCGUUUCCAGCCUCGUACGUUUAGCUUUAUCGCCGAAUUUUCCGGGCGGAUUACUCAGCACCGCUCAAAGUUACCCCAGCUUGACUUCAUCCGGACCCACGGGAACAGGUACAUGCGUAUCGACUACCGCUGGAACGGGACCUUGCUUGAGCCAGGCUUUAACAAUGAGUUUAACGUCGACAUCUAGUGAGAGCGAGCAGGUUAGCUUCGAGGAUUUCCUGGACAGCUGUCGUGCUCCAACACUUUUAGCAGAGCUCGAUGAUGAUGACAUGCCCGAUGAUAAUGAUGAAAACGAUGACAACGAUGAUGAAAACGAAGAUGAUGAUUAUGAAGAAGUGACAGUGAGCAGGAAUUUGUUGGCAUUUAUGGAAGAAGAAACGUUUGAUACGAGAAACACGGGAGGAAAAAGAAGGAGUUGGGACGACGAAUACAUAUUAAAACGUCAAUUCUCCGCUCUUAUCCCCGCAUUCGAUCCCAGACCCGGAAGAACAAACGUGAAUCAAACGACCGAUUUGGAAAUACCUGCACCGGGACUUGCGAGCGAAGCAACCACGUCAACGGAAACCUGUUUAACAACUCAACCGAAACUUCAAUUGAUUUUAAGGGGUCCAAAUUUACCUGGAGUUCAAGAUGUCGAAAUUGAAUUGAAAGAUCCUAAAUGGACGAUAUUUAUGGCUGUACAAGAGCUUAUUCAAGCCGUCGAUUUGGGUAGUAGGCAAGAAAAAUUAAGAAGAAUAUGGGAGCCCACGUAUACGAUUAUCUAUCGCGAAAUAAAAGAAGAAGAAAGUGAAAUUAAUAGCGUUGUUACUCCCGUGGUCACACUAUAUUCGAGGCACGGUAAAAAUUCGGGAUUAUUUUCAAGUUUGUUGUCUCCUCAAACUCCCGUUUCUCCGAGCAUGAGUUGUACCGUCGAAGACGUUCUUCAUUUGCUUCGUCAUUUAUUCGUUAUAAUGACGUAUAGAGACGAAGCCAUGUGCAAUAUUUUAGACGACGAAAUUUUGCAUCCCGACGAAUUCACGAGUAAAAAGAUCACGAAUAAACUCUUGCAACAAAUUCAAGAUCCCCUCGUUUUAUCAUCGGGAGCUUUGCCGACUUGGUGCGAAGAAUUGAAUCAUUCGUGUCCGUUUUUGUUUCCUUUUGAAACUCGUCAACUUUAUUUCAGUUGUACGGCAUUCGGAGCAUCGAGGUCCAUCGUAUGGUUGCAAACUCAAAGGGACGUGACAUUGGAAAGGCAGCGAACGCCGGGAUUAUCACCCAGGAGAGAUGAUCCCCACGAAUUCCGCGUGGGUAGAUUAAAACACGAACGGGUUAAAGUUCCUCGUGGAGAAAAAUUACUUGAUUGGGCAAUUCAAGUGAUGAAAAUUCACGCCGAUAGAAAAAGUAUUUUGGAGGUGGAGUUUCAGGGAGAAGAGGGAACUGGUCUGGGUCCGACAUUGGAAUUUUACGCUUUAGUUGCCGCCGAACUUCAAAGAAAAGAUCUCGGAAUGUGGCUUUGCGACGAUGACGUCAAUACGAGUAAUUUAGAUUCCGAUAUAUCGAUCGAUCUUGGAGAAGGAAUGAAACCUCCGGGCUAUUACGUUCGAAGAUCUUCGGGUUUAUUUCCGGCACCUUUGCCUCAGGAUUCUCCUGCCUGUGAUAGAGCUUGUACAUACUUUUGGUUCCUCGGAGUUUUUUUGGCUAAGGUAUUGCAAGAUAACCGUUUGGUCGAUCUACCACUGUCGACGCCAUUUUUAAAACUCAUGUGUCACGGCGAGAUACAUAAUAACGUCAAUGAAAGGAUCGGCCUGUUACCCGGUACGAAUUCGUGUAAGAAAUCCAUAGAUGACGAUUUGAUGGUUUCGUCUUAUAUAUCGGAAGAAAGCGAAAAAGAUUGGGAUUCGGAUCCGUUGAAAGGACAUCCGGACGAUUCGAAACCAUGGUUUUCCGGAAUAUUAAAUUGCGAAGAUUUAACAGAAGUGGAUCCGGUGAGGGGUAGAUUUCUAAGACAGAUACAAUCUCUCAUAGCACGAAAAUCACGAAUAGCUCAAGACAAUACAUUAAGUCCGGAAGCUCGAGCUCAUCAAAUACAAAAUUUAGCUUUAGUUUCCUCUUCCGGUCCCGUCGUUCGUCUCGAAGAUUUAGCCAUAACUUUUACUUACUUGCCUUCAUCUCAAGUUUUUGGUUUUUCCGCCGCCGAAUUAACUCCCGGCAGUUGCGACAAAGAGGUCACGAUGGAAAACGUUGAAGAAUACAGCGAUUUGACCACUGCUUUUUGCUUAGAAAAAGGAAUCACGAGACAGCUCAACGCAUUUCAUUCCGGUUUUAAUAAAGUUUUCCCGAUAACGAAAUUAAAAGCUUUCAGUCCGGAUGAAGUACGAAUAAUGCUUUGCGGUGAUCAAAAUCCUCACUGGACAAGAGAAGACGUUCUUAAUUACACGGAACCUAAAUUGGGAUACACGAGAGACAGUCCGGGAUUUUUGAGAUUCGUCAACGUUCUCGUUAAAAUGUCAGCAGACGAAAGGAAAGCAUUCCUUCAAUUCACGACGGGAUGUUCUUCGUUGCCACCGGGAGGUUUGGCCAAUUUAUAUCCUCGUUUAACCGUCGUGAGAAAAGUCGAUGCAGGAGAAGGUUCGUAUCCCUCGGUGAACACUUGCGUACAUUAUCUCAAACUCCCCGAUUAUCCCACCGAGGAAUUAUUAAGGGAAAGACUUUUGGCAGCUACAAGAGAAAAGGGAUUCCAUUUAAAUUAA